UUAUAGAAGAUUAGAUAUAAAUUAUAGAUGUAAAUCAACGUUAUUACCUACGUGUUAUUAUUACCUACGUGUAAAAGUUAAUUGUGAUAAAUCCAUCAUUCACCAGAAGUACCAAACUUUUGUGUCUUAUUUAUUUAGACGAGGUCAAGAAAACUUUUAACAUGUCGAAAACUAGCACGGUACCCGGCUUAGCUUACCUGCCAGCGAGAGAUAUGACGGCAGCAACCGCGGCGGGUUUUCUCGAGGCUAGGAGAAAAAUCGACGGUGCAGAAGGAUUGUGGAGAAUCGGAAAUAAGCUUUACGAUUUGGAAACCUUCGCGAAAUCGCAUCCAGGUGGAGCUGAAUGGAUUCGGCUCACGAAAGGGACCGAUAUCACCGAAUUAUUCGAGAGUCACCACAUCACUGACAAAGCCGAACGACUGCUGCCAAAAUUCUACGUCCGUGAAGCUACGUGUCCGCGAUCGGUGUCCCUGACCUUUCUCCCGGACGGCUUCUAUCGCACAUUCAAGAGACGGGCGGCCGAGGCUUUGAAAAACGUCAAUUUCCAUAAACCGUCCACGACGACGAAUCUCAUCACCGAUUCCUUGGCGACCGCGACUUUCGCGCUGAGUCUCACGGCCGCUCUCGUCAACUCUUACGCCAUUACCGUCCUAGCCAGCGUUUUUCUGACAUGGACGACCGUCGCGGCACACAAUUACUUCCACAUGAGAGACAAUUUUCGUAUGUAUUACUUCGAUCUUAGCAUGGUAUCCUCGAAAGAUUGGCGCAUCACGCACGUGAUGAGCCACCACAUGUAUACCAACACCAUAUGGGAUUACGAGAUCUACGUGUUAGAGCCAUUUUUGCAGUGGAUGCCUCGUAAGGAUAAAUCCUACUUAGCGGGAAUGAUAAGCAGGAUUAUAAGUCCCAUCGUCUGGAUGUUGCUGUUCGUUUCCGAAGGCUUGAAACGAUAUUACGCGGUAUUCAAGGUGUACGGGGUCUUUGAGUUUCGCGAUCUCGUGCCGCUCGUGCUACCUCUAUCGAUGUGUUUUAUGGCACCUAAGAUUCUCGUGGCUCUCAAGUUGUGGCUGAUAAUGGUGCUAAUUAGUAGCGCCCUGUUCGGUCUAAUUGGCUUCAAUGCGGCUCAUCAUCACCCUAAUAUUUUCCACGACGGCGAUACCUACAGGAAUGACCUGGACUGGGGUCUGCUCGAGAUGGACGCCGUGCGCGACCGCGAGGUGAUCGACGACUCGAUCUUCCUAGCGCUCACCAACUUCGGCUCACACUCAUUACACCAUCUGCUGCCCACCGUGGACCAUCACUAUUUGCAAUUAUGCGUGCCUGUUUUUCUGCAAACGUGCGAGGAAUUCCGCAUCAGCUCGGACAAGUGGACGCAGUGGGAGCUUAUGAAAAGACAAUUCAGGCAGCUUACGCGAACUGACGCUAAGAAGAAUCACAGGUAGAACUCAGCCUUCGGCGAAACGUGCUCUAUUAUAAAUAUUGAAUUCCUAGGCACUAAGUUUCUACGCGCUUCUACGCACUUCUAAAGUUUUAUGUGUCAAUUUGCGACGUAAAUACCUCAGGCAAAUAAUAAUAAAUAUAAAUGAGACGAUUGAAGUAGAAACUCGUUAAAUUAUGCGCGUAAUUUGAGAUAAGUUUUACGAAUUAAGUUAAAAUCGUAUCUACACAUAAAGUAGAUAAAUAAUUUUAAGAAAAGACAAAAUUCGCGAGAUUACCGUUACGCGAAGUACUUGAUGCAUUAAGAAGUACUUGAUGCAUGAAAACCAAUAGUAUAUUGUACAACUAGUGGAAAAAGUGGUCGAUUCUGAAUGAGUGUAAAGUUGGUCGCACGAGCGAAGCGAC